AUGGAAAUUGACAGAUUGUUAAGACUUUUAGACGAACAAAAACGAAAAAUUGCUGAAUUAGACUCUGAUGUUAUAGCCAGUAAAUUUGUUUCUUCGAAUUUAAGAUCAAGCCUUGAUGUAGAAAACUUGCAGAAACAACGUUCUCAAAUAUCUGAUUCAUAUGCGCAUACCGAAAAAAAUAUCGGUCACAAAAACGUACAACAAACUUUCAGGAAAGCUCUUUCAGGAUCAGCUAAACUGGAUUCGGUAGCGAAUGAAGCUAAAGAGAGCUUAGACCAGAUUAAAUCAUCACCUCCUGGUUUGCAGUACGACCAUAAAAUGGGAUCAAAGUGUUGGUACGAAGUUGGCGGUUGUAUUAAAUGGAUGAGAGAACCGCUCGAGAAAGAUAUGACUUUGAGACAAGAACAGGCUUCCCAGCAAAUUGAAUCUUUACGAAAACUAAAAGAAUUAUGUUAG